UUCCCCCACCCCAGUGCCAUCGCCGGAGGGGCUCUGCCCUGGGCCCCCCCUCGCUGCGCUCCCCGGGGCCAUGGCCGCGGCCCCGGCCCAGGAGAUGAUCGAGCUGAAGAACCUAGAGCUGGAGAAGCGGAUCGACCUGACCCGGGGCACCCCGGAGCGCCCCGUGCGCCUGGAGCGCACCAACGCCCUGCGCAUCACGCCCGGCAAGGUGCCCGAGCUCCUGAGCCGCGUGCGGCAGAUCCGCCUGCUGGGCGGGCAGAACGACCCCCGGCUGACGGGCCAGCUGGGCGAGGGCCACGCCUUCCGGCCCUGCACCCGCGGCCAGCAGACCUGGUGCGACCUGUGCGGAGAUUUCGUCUGGGGGGGCCCCCGGAAGAGCCUGCAGUGCGCCCACUGCAAGUUCACCUGCCACUAUCGGUGCCGCGCCCUGAUCCAGCUGGACUGCAGUGGCCCCCGGUACCAGGACAGCGACCCGGCUGAGGCCAAUGAACAGACGGUGGAGAAAGACACCAAUGUGGACGAGCAGAUUGACUGGGAGAAGCCAGUUCUGACCCAAGCUGAGAUCGAGCAGAAGAUAAAGGAAUACAACAGCCAGAUCAACAGCAACCUCUUCAUGAGCUUGAACAAAGAUGGCUCCUACACUGGCUUCAUCAAGGUGCAGCUGAAGCUGAUUCGGCCGGUCUCAGUGCCAGCCAGCAAGAAGGCGCCCUCCAUUCAGAAUGCCAAUAAGGCGCCGCGCUCCCAGGUGGUGACGCGCCGCACGUCCUUCUACCUGCCCAAGGACACAGUCAAGCACCUGCACAUCAUCUCCCGCACCCGCGCCAGCGAGGUCAUCGAGGCCCUGCUCAAGAAGUUUAUGGUGGUCGACAACCCCCGCAAGUUUGCCCUCUUCGAGCGAGCUGAGAAGGACGACCAAGUGUACCUGCGGAAGCUCUCAGAUGAGGAGCAGCCCCUGCAUCUCCGGCUGCUGGCUGGCCCCAACGAGAAGGUCCUCAGCUUCGUUCUGAAGGAGAACGAGACCGGAGAGGUCAAUUGGGACGCCUUCAGCAUGCCUGAGCUGCACAACUUCCUGCGCAUCCUGCAGCGUGAGGAGGAGGAGCACAUCCGCCAGAUCUUGCAGAAGUACGCCCGCUGCCGCCAGAAGAUGCAGGAGGCACUGACUACCCGCACCCCGGGCUGAGCCGCCCCCGU